AUGCACUUACGUUUGUUUUGUUUUCACAUAAGUAUGUAUGUUAUAGCUUCUGAUAGAUCAUCUCUUUAUCUUCAGAACAAUGUAAUCAUCGAAGAGGUGAACAAGGGCCUGAACCCUGGAAUGAUAGUCCUGCUUGUGGUUGCUACCACCCUGCUGCUUUUCUUUGUUGGGAACUAUGCGCUGUACCUGUAUGCGCAGAAGACGCUCCCUCCGAAGAAGAAGAAGCCAGUCUCCAAGAAGAAGCUCAAGAGGGAAAAGCUGAAGCAAGGGGUUUCUGCACCAGGGGAGUGA